AUGGACCUCGGAGACACCAAUGCGGCUGCAAACGGGGAUUCUCAAAAGGAAGCGGAGUUGUCAGAGCAGAACAUAGAGGUGGUGUCGGUCACUGAAGAAGACCUGCCCACUGUGGAGACCCCCAACACCCUCAUCGUCAGCCCAUUGGGGAGCUUUGCCAACGAGCCCAUCAACAGCCAAUCAGAGAAGGGGAAGCUAGAGGACAGCCCACCCACUGCCCCGAGCCCCAGUAUGCCUGUCACCAAAGUCCAGCCUUUUCUCAACGAGGACGACCUGAGGAAGACCGUGUGGGAGCGCGUGUGGGACCACCGCCUGGAGCUGCUCAUCAGUGUGACCGCUGUGGUGGUCAUCACUCUGUCACUGGGCAUCGGUCUGGGAGUGGGGCUGAGCUGUGUUGGGAAGUUCAGGUGCGGAGCGACAACCAAAUGUAUCCACACCUCCCUGCAGUGUGACGGCAAAGAGCAGUGUGAGAACGGAGAGGACGAGCUCAGCUGUGUGCGUCUGAGCGGGCGCAGCUCCGUGGUGCAGGUGCAGAGGGCAGGGCUCUGGAUGACAGUGUGUUUUGAUGACUGGACCAUCUGGUUGGGAGAGUCGGCCUGCAGGCAGCUGGGAUACAACAGUUAUGUGGCAUCGUCAUCGUCCGCGGUGAACUCCAUCGAGCCGGAGCUGCAGUACAUCCUGGUGUCUCUGGACUCAUCUCACGGGGGAGUGGUUAAGCUGCACAACAUGACCAUCAUCGGUAAAAGUCAGUGCGCCUCGGGGAAAGUGGCCACGCUCAAAUGUUUAGAGUGUGGACUGCGGCCCCAGUACAGCACCAGGAUCGUGGGUGGUAACAUGUCCAGAGCGGGUCAGUUCCCGUGGCAGGUCAGCCUCCAGUACAAAGGAGAGCACAUUUGUGGAGGCUCCAUCAUCACGUCCAAGUGGGUGCUGACCGCUGCACACUGCGUUUACGGGUUUUCAAAUCCUGUCGAGUGGGGCGUGUACGUCGGGAUCACAGAGCUGCCCGGGUACGGCACUCAGGCUCUGGAGGUGGAGAGGAUCAUCUACCACGCCCGCUACAGAGGGAAGCUCAACUACGACAUCGCACUCAUGAAGCUACGCCAGCCUCUUGCCUUCAAUGGUUCAGUGGAGCCCAUCUGCCUGCCUAACCAUGGAGAGGUGUAUGUGGAGGGGACAAUGUGCUGGAUCUCAGGCUGGGGAGCCACUGAGGAUGAAGGAGAGUCGAGUGUGGUGCUGCGCUCUGCCUUGGUGCCCCUGAUCUCCACUAAAGUGUGCACCCAGCCCGAUGUGUACCCAGGCCUCAUCUCCCCGGGCAUGAUCUGUGCCGGAUACCUGGAGGGAGGGGUGGACUCCUGCCAGGGGGACAGUGGCGGUCCUCUGGCCUGUCCGUCUGACUCCUCUCUGUGGAAGCUUGUGGGCGCCACCAGCUGGGGCAUGGGCUGCGCUAAACCAAACAGACCGGGCGUGUACACUCGCAUCACACAGAGCCUGAGCUGGAUCCGACAGGAGAUGGAGAGAGAAGCACUCAGCCCGACCAUCACCGCCAACUGACCUCAGCAUCGAUACUGGUUGAAUCGACCAGAGAACUGCAAACCAAAGUGUGCCUAAAACCUCCCUUUUACAAUGAAGAAAAAAGACAGAGGAGCAGAAGCCCAAGUUAGGCAUCGUUUAUUCCAAAAUAGAAAGCUCUAAGGCAAAACAGACGAGAGAAAAGUGAACAACUCUUUUUAAAAAGCAAGACAAGUGUGGAUCCAAGUGACAAGUCCGUACACCCCUGAAACCAGUAGGGGGCGCCAUAUUCACAGAUCAAGUCAACUUUACAGGAGAUAGAAAGUAUUACUGCGAUCCUGACUGUGUACAUAUGUUUCACCACUGGGAGGCGCCGUUUGUGCAGUAAAAAGACAAUUUGUCCCAUUUGCCAAGUGAUGCAAAGUUCAUCCUGUGGUGAUAAGUGAUCCUUGGAAGAGGAAACGUAACAGCGUGCAGCAGAAACAGUCCAGUGGGGUGCGCCGUGGGAGAUGAGUGAUUGAGAAUAGCAGAGGGGAUUGUGCGUCUGGAGAGAGCAAGGUUUGUGAGCACCUGCUACGGUCCAGUGAAGAAGAAAAGUGAUAUACACAAUAUGGAAGUAACAAUUCACAUGGAAAAAAUGUCCGAGUGGUAGGAAAGCAGGAAAGUGUGUGUUAAUCCAGUUUCGGUGUUAUUUGCAGGAAUAAGCCACAAUACAAUUUAAAAAAUGCAAUUGCAGACCGGUUUUAAGAAAAUAAGAGGCUACUAGAGCAAUGCAGUCAUUUUAAACUAGGAAAUUCAAUGCUCGCAAUUUACAAAUCAAAUCGCUGCAAUUAUUUGGAUAGGAAAUGUAUUCUCUUGAUGUUCCAUGAUCCUGUUUGUCCUUGAUCAGAUCACUGUUAUUUAAGGAAGUACUAAGAGGCCCUAUAGCAUAGUGAUGUAUUGAUACUGACAAUGUAUCAAUUAUUGACAUAAAAAUACAUACUUUAAAUAAAAAAACCCAAAACAAAUUAAAAUAAUUUUAA